GACACUCGGUGUACCUGCUGUUGCGCCGGUUUUUCUCUUGUCCUCUUUACGUGUACGAGCUGUUUGUUCUCAUCUGUAGAUCCAAUAUUUUCUUGCUACUAUCCAGGGAUUCACAUUGUGCCUCGGGGUGGACCAGUGCAUCUGUACGUAGCUUUUUACGCACGACAGAAAUGCGUAGAAAAGCAGAGAUGCGCUCCUGGGACUCUCUUCAUUGAUGGUCGUGAGCUCCCAUCACAGGCCCUGUUCUCUGGCCAGUGGAGUUAGUUCCUCACGUGAAUAUGGUCCGGUGAGCUACCAGGGAGAGGGGUUUCGCCAAGAAUUCUGAAAAGAAGGACACAAUGAAGAUUUGGAGCACGGAGCAUGUUUUCAGUUACCCGUGGGAGACGGUGAUCAAGGCUGCAAUGAGAAAGUACCCCAACCCCAUGAACCCUAACGUGGUCGGCGUGGACGUGCUGGACCGCAGCCUGGACGGCCAGGGACGCCUGCACAGCCACCGACUCCUCAGCACAGAAUGGGGCCUGCCGAGCAUCGUACGAGCGCUACUGGGAACCAACCACACACAAACCUACGUGACGGAGCACUCCAUCGUCGACCCAGAGGAGAAAAAGAUGGAGCUGUGCUCAACAAAUAUUACUCUGACCAACCUCAUAUCAGUGGACGAGAGGCUUCUUUACAGGCCCCACCCAGACAACCCCGAGGUUACUGUCCUGACCCAGGAGGCCAUCAUCACAGUCAAGGGAGUCAGUCUAAGCAGUUACCUGGAGGGGAUGAUGGCCAUGAGAAUGUCGGCCAAUGCCAGGAAGGGCUGCAGCUCCACUGUGAUGAGUAGUCCCUGGCUGCAGCUCCCUGACCACCGGGGAUCCUCAGCAUCUUGGGAUCCUCUGCAAUUGGUGCUCAGACUGUCUGGAGCUCCCCCUCACGCACACAAACACACAAACACACAAACAGACACACAAACACAUGCCUCCUCUCAACUCUAGAGAACAUGCACUGGAAGCUCCAACAGACAACUGCUGCCAAAGCUCUACAGUUAUGAGGAAGUGUCAUAGAUUGUGGUUGGACUCACUAACCCAUUUACAGUCGGUCUGAUUAGAGACUGAGGAAGCCAUGACAGUUCCUCAGUGUGUUUAACACUCUCCUGGUGAGUGACCACAGGGUUUACAAGUCUUGUGUUGAGGAAAUGCAUCAACUUCACCAGCAACUUGGCUGGAAUAUUUUACUACUAAAGCAUGUUUACUUCGCUCUAAUUGUCCUGGCUUCGAUUAGAAAGAUUAGGGUGCAAUAGGGAGACGCAGAAGGUUCAGUACCAAAUAAUAUGCAACUAGCUUCAUCAUUUCAUUUACAUGAUAUAUGUAUUUUUUCUCAACCGCAAGAGAUUCCUAUGCUAGGAGUUCAAACCAGAGACUUUUUACGGGUGCUUAUUGUGUGUGUUUCAAGAGGCACAAACUGUAGACAAUAUGUCUGCAUGACAGUUAAAGUAUAAAAACAACGGAAGGGAAGUUAUGGGUAGUUUGCUAUGAUUGCAGGAAAUAUUAUUAUUUCUUUUUUUUUUCAAGAUGGGAAUGUUCCUUUGACAUGGCCUUGUUUUCCUGCUGUGGAGGCACCAACACACAGGCACACACACGUACCCCGUUUCCACCAAGGCAGCUGCUCAGAGACACUGCUUAGUCUGGAACCAGUUGCUUGUGUUUUGACAGCUUAAGAACCGGCUCUCGAGCAGAACAACUGAUUCCCCUCUAGAAGACCCUUUCCUGGACCACAACACCGUCACCACCAUUUUUCACAAAAACAGAGCUUGUGCAGGCAUUACACGAAUGCCUGCAAAGAAGAUACUUAUAAUAGUCCGAGGCGUAUUGGGCGACAUGCACAGUGAUGUAAUGGCUUGGCUCUGUGGUGACUUUAGUCUGUGGAAAAGCAAACUGGCUCUAAAAAGUUACAGGAGUUGAGCUAUACCUUGCCAGCUCAGCAGCCUCAGCAGGUUCAUCUUGGUGGAAAGGGGGUAACAGGCAACCAGCAGAUUUGUAAUUGGGUAAAUGCAGCAGAUGGAGACGAUAUACAGUUUGUUCUUUAGUGAUCAGUGUAGCCAAAUGUUGGAUUAACUCACUCACGUGUGUUUUUUAACCUGUUUACAAGGCCUUAAAUCGCAGCAUGUGUGUAAUUGCCUGUGCAGCAGCAGUAUAAUGUCUUUCCCAGUCUGACUCACUUCCAUGAACCUGCUACCUGUUUGUCCCCGAGGAGCAGGGCAGUACUGUAUGUGCAACGCUGCAGCAGAUGCAGACGCACACCACAACUACUUAAUGUAUGUGCUAUAUGGUUUUACUUGUUUAAAAGUAGAUUCAUUUUUGCAUAACAUUUGUAAAAAAUACUAUUUAUUUGAUAACGCUGCCAAGCAAGCAGAGAACGUUGUUUGUAUUUUCUGUGUCAUGUUAAAAAUAUUGUUUGAAGCUCUUGUCCUGCUGCAACAAAUAAAACCAUUGUUUGAAAA